UUAGUUGGUGUUUGCAAGCUGAAUAGUAAAGACGGAGAGAUGUGUACCUCUCUCUCUGGUUACAGAGCUCUUACAGAAUCAAGAUUUGGUAGUUUUAAAAUUGACAAAACUUCACCUACUCCCUACUCCGAUGCGACCAAGACGUGUCAUGAUUCCAAUAGGAUCAAGAGGCCUAUGAACGCAUUCAUGGUCUUCUCCCAUUACCAGAGAAGAAAGAUUGUUGAGAAUCAGCCUGAUAUUCACAACGCCGAGAUCUCUAAAAGGUUGGGACGGGAGUGGAAAGAGAUGAUGGAUUACGAGAAGCUCCCCUAUAUCCAAGAAGCUGAGAAACUCCGAACCCUGCAUCUACAGGAGUAUCCAGGAUAUAAGUAUCAACCAAAGAAGAAACCCAAAGCAUCCAAUUCACCCAAAUCCUUCCUUGAAAGUCAGAUGAAAAGUGCAGUGAUUAAACCAACCCGUCCUGGAACAGUUUUCAGACUAAACAAUAUGUUUGGAAGUAAUUCUUGGGUUAAUCAAAGGAUUCCUCUAUCAACUCGAACCCAACCCAUCAAUACAUCCAAUCUUAAACUCAAGUUCACCAUUGACAGUAAGUUUAAGGCAAAGAUGGCAAAGAAUCAGAACAGACUGAUACCCAUGUCCAGAUUGGUGAGCGAACCUUCUUCAACAUGCUCAACACCCUCUCCGACAAGUUCAACACCUUCUCCAGGUGUACCAAGAACCCCUGAGCUGCCUGCUUCUCCAGAUUCAACCUCUUUCUAUGACGAGCUCCACAAGAAUCUUUUUAAUAUCAAGAACAAUCUGGAUUUUGAUGAAAUCAAACAUGAGAUCAAGGGAGAGCCCUCCUCCCCCAGCAAGUUUGAAUACAUUGGUUCUCUUCCAGUCAAAAUUGAAAACGUUCUUUCUGAAAACAUUGAUCCUAUGGAUACCUUUGAUAGCUUUCUCAGCAACCCUGCCUACGUCAGUGAUUUUCUCAACUUUGAUCUUGGUAUGGACGUGAUCGAAGAUACGAGUGUGUUCCCCACUAGUUUCUCUUUACCGGAGCCGGAGAGUUGGCAGAACCUUGAUCUCAAUGAUCUUCUCUAGUUAGGAUUAAACCGCAGAGUAGGACCGACCAGGGUUCGGAUAUAAAUAGCUCCGGAUACUGGUUUCCUCUCCUGGUUUCCCUUUAUCCGAACUUAAACCAAAGAACUCCGAGGAGAAUGAUUGCUGAUGAAACCAGAAACUAAAUUUAUAAACACUAUUCAACAACUCAAACCAGAUUACCAAGAAAUUUAAAGAUUUAAUAUUAGCUCAUUAUAUAGUGAUCUUCGUACCGGUAAUUUGUGCUGCGUAACCUUCACUAAAUUGGAAGGGUUCAAGUCACAACAUUGCCUUAGUUGCGUCACUGCGUCAGAACAUUAAUUUACUAGUAGCACAAAUUGCCCAUUUUAAUAGUAUCAAUUUUUCUCUACACAAAGCGGGAGCACCAAAUGGUUUGAAAACUUUAUAUUUCCCAGCCCCGCUGCACAAAUUUUUAGUUUUUAAACUUAGCUGAACAUAAUUUUAAUUCUAAACCGACAUGGAUCAUGCAUAUUACGUCCCUUUGUUUCAGCCCCACUGAUAAUGGUUUUAGCUAAUGGUUAAUUUCAGGGAUGUUAUUUUUUACAUUUUUUAAAAUAUCAGAUAUUAGUCCGGGUUAUUUUUUUAUAUAUUUAUUUGUCUCCAAACUAAAUUUGUGUGAAACAUAUUUGGUAAUGUUAGGGGUGCGCCUCAGCUAGAGGUUCCGUCCUAGGAUCGAUUAAUGGGUCGAUAUAGUGAUAAAUUACGCAACCCUAGCCCGCCCGUUCAAAUCACCACUCUACCCCCCCCCCCCCCCCUCGUCGUACAAGCUCCCUUCAACCCCACAUUGCGUACAUUAAAAAUGUACUUAAUUGUACAUUUAACAAGGAAAGAGUGAGACUGAUAUAAUAAUAUUUAUUGUCUUUCAGUAUUUUUGGGCAUACACUGAACUUGGACUUAUUUUUACUUUUAGGUAUUAUUAGAAUAUAAGGACUGUGAUAAAAGUACUUUUAUCUUGCAUUUAGUUAAUAAAUGAUUAAGUACCAUA